UGACAAGUGGAUUAUCUUGUUUUUGUUUAUUUCGAUUUGGGGGCCUUAUAUAUGCAGUUGAGAUGGCAUAUCCUGAAGCAGUAUCCCUUUUUUGUUCUGCAAAUGGUUAUUUCACUUUGAAUCAUUCAACUCUGCUUUAUACUAUCUAUUUGGCCUAUUUCUCUGUCAGAAUUGCCUUUGUUUGAUCCAGAAUCCAUGAGUAACACAAUGAGGCCGAGGAUUGAGUUCAUGUUUUAUAUGGUUUAUGACAGAGGUUAACUAAAUCCUUUUGCUUCAUUUUCUUUUUCCUUUUUUCUUUCAUAAAUUGUUCAUCAAUCACCACAGGUGUUUUUUCAUAAAUUCUUGCCUUAAUCACCAUGGAUGUAAUGAGCAAAGCAAAAGAAAAGAAAGCCAAUUUGAUCCUCAAGACAUGGGAGAGAUGCAAAUCGAUUGGGCGUAGCAGUAAACUGAAACGCUCAGUUCCAGUUCUAACUGUAAAGGAUGCUUCUUCAGCCUCGCUAGAUAAUGAAGAAGAUCAUCACCAAAAGCAGCCAAAAUUAAGAAAGCGUCGAGUGGCUCCUGAAGGCUGCUUCUCUGUCUACGUCGGACCUCAAAAACAAAGAUUUGUGAUCAAAACCGAGUAUGUGAAUCACCCACUUUUCAACAUCCUCCUUGAAGAAGCUGAAUCGGAAUAUGGAUUCAACAGUGAAGGUCCUCUCAAACUUCCAUGCAAAGUUGAAGUAUUUUACAAGGUUUUAACAGCAAUGGAUGCAGAAAAAGAUGAGAUUCGUCAAGGUUGUGGCUUUCCCGGCAGCCAUAGCUCUUAUCGCCUCCUCAGCCAGUCGCGAAUGAUCACCAUAAAUCACUUCUAGUACUAGUGUUUACUUAAUUUCCUCAGUCAAGAGCCUACCCGAAAUAUCUGUAGCAAUGAACAAGCAUGUACAGUAGUAGAAGGAUGAUAAAGUACUGUUAUGAAGAAGUUGUAUGCUAAGACUGUGUCAAUUAUAAUUUGUCGGUUUUGGUUUAGUUUGUAAUUCAUUUAUUUUAACUUUUUAAUAAUGCAAAAAGGCGGUUGUUCAUGUUAAUUAACGAUAAUACAAAGUUCAUAAGA